AUGGCGAUCCAGCGCGCGCCGCACCAGCAUUUCUACAUCUUUGGCAACUGUAAUAUGGUGCCAGACCACUAUGACGAGGCAGGUCCCCAUCGUCUCCUCUCCGGGUCCCAUCAUGCCUCGAGACUAACAAAGGGCAUCCAGUGGCAAGCAGCGUACGACAAGCUCGCCGAGCACGUCAUGGCCAACGAGCCCGACACGCUCACCUACUACUUCGGCCUGCCCCUAGAGUACGCCGCCAACCCCAGCGCGACACCCUCCAUGCUCGCCUUUGAAGCCUAUGCCACCCGCGCCGCCCUGUACGAUGUUCACCUCCAAUCCAAGCCCAUGCAGGAGGGCUUCCUCCCCGUGGCGAGCCGCACGAUGAGCACGGGACUGGAUCUGACGCACUAUGAGGCCGUCGAGGGUAGCUUCCUCGAUCGGUCAGGCUACAAGACGGAGUGCGGCAUCAUCCACGAUGUACAGAUCACGUGCACAGGCCCCGAGGCGAGGAAGAGUCUCGUCGGCGCACUCACGCUGUUCUGCACACUUGUCAACGAGCGACAAGGUCCGGCGGGCGAGGAUGGCGAGGUGCUCUCGUUUCUGGGCCUCGUGUCGCUGGACAACGAGACAGGGGCGCGCCUCUUUGCGCGUUAUACGUCGCGCGAAGCCUGGGAGAGGUGGCUGCGUGAGACGCUCGUGACAAAGUUCUGGGAGAGCGUCAAGCCAUAUAUCUCGAGUGUCGAUGCGCGACCGUACGCACCCAACGGCAAGGGAUGGCUAUGGAAGUGA